GCCCCCUCCACGACAGAGGAGGAAGAGGAGGAUGCUCUCCAGAUACACUCGGAAGGCGGUGCCGCAAAGCUUGGAGCUGAAAUAUAACUUUUUAAAAAAUCUUUCACAGGAAAGGAAUAACAAAACAUGCUAUUAAUCACCAUCCUCUUCCAGAGCAACUGGAUGAAAUUUCUUCUACCAAUGACAGCCAUGAAAAAGAUACAAGUUCCCAAAGUGAGUCUGACAUCACACAAGAAUCACCUUUUACAUCAGCUGACGCUGGGAAUUCAAGAUCUGCUUUUCCAAGCUAUACAGGCACAGGGAUCUCUACAGAAGGCAGCUCGGACUUCUCCUGGGGCUAUGGAACUUGAUCAAAAUGCCACUGAAAAAGUCCAGGCAAUGUUCACAGCCAUUGAUGAGCUCUUGUAUGAGCAGAAGUUGAGUGUACAUACUAAGAGUCUACAAGAAGAGUGCCAACAAUGGACGUGUAGCUUUCCUCACCUCAGGAUUCUGGGUAGGCAGAUAAUCACUCCAAGUGAAAGUUAUGGGCUGUAUCCUAGAUCCCCUUCUAUUGUUUCAGCUUCACAUGAGGCAACACUUUCUCAAGAAAGAGAUUCUACUAUAUUUGGCAUUAGGGGAAAGAAGUUACAUUUUUCAUCUUCUUAUGCUCAUAAAGCAUCUUCCAUUGCCAAAUCCCCUAGCUUGUAUUCUAUGGAAAGAGAAGAGGAAGACUGUGUAAUCUUUUCUGAAGGAAUAAUAGAGGAAUACUUAGCAUUCGACCACACUGACGUGGAAGAGGGGUUUCAAGGAAAGAAAUUACAAGCAGCUCCAGAGAAACAGAAAUUAGGGUACCCUCCCAUUGCUCCAUUUUACUGCAUGAAAGAGGAUGUCCUUGCUCACGUGUUUGACGAUGUGUGGAGCAAGGUUCUGAGCUGUAUGGAGCAGCUGACACGUAGUCACUGGGAGGGAUUGGCUUCUGAUGAUGAGAGUAAUGUUGCAAUCACCAGACCAGCUUCAGAAAGCCCCUGCGUGCUGAAUGAACCACAACCUUUGAUCUUACCUCGAGUGCCACAUUUGAAGGUGCCGGCCAUCACUUCAAAUCCAAUGAAUCUCUUUCAAGCAGCAAGUGGUCAUCAGCCAAAUGUGAAUGGUCUCUGGGUUCAUGGGAUGCCUCUACAGCCAAGAAAUCUCUCCCUAAUGGACAAGCUACUAGAUCUCGAUGACAAGUUACUUAUGAGACCUGGAUCCAGUACCAUCCUUUCAACUCGAAAUUGGCCAAAUCGAGGCCUGGAGCUUAGUACAUCGGCUCUGUCAUACACAGUGCAGUCUGCCAGGAGACGCAAUCCCCCACCACGUACCCUUCAUCCCAUCAGCACAAGCCAUUCACAUGCUGGAAUGCCAAGACCUGUGGAAGAAAUCCUCAGAGGAUCCCGAGUCCCAGUAGCAGCUGAAUCGCUCUCUCCCUCACCAAUGCCCCUGAGUCGAAACAACCUGCUGCCCCCUAUCGGCACAGCUGAAGUGGAACACUUGAGCACUGCGGGGCCACAAAGGCCAACGAAAACCCAUGGUGACUCCAAUCGAGCUCGAAGUGCAGUGGUGGAUGAGCCCAACCAUCAGCAGCCCCAGGAGAGGCUCCUUUUACCUGACUUUUUCUCCAGGCCCAACACAACUCAAUCAUUUUUGCCAGAUACACAGUAUCAUCAUUUGUGUGCUGUUGAGUAUCCUCAUCAGGCCCGACCUGGUAGGGGAUCUGCAGUGACAGGUCCUCACUUACAUGGGUCUACAAAAUCUCAAAACAGAGGUGGACCAGUCUCUAGAACCAGGCAGGCACCGUAGGGCAAAUGAGAAGAACCUGCUCCAGGCUGCAGGGAACAUGUGAGAAAAAUUCAUGGUCAGUGUUCAGUCAUCUUGUGACGCAAAGCUUGUAUACAAGAGACAACUUAAAACCAUCUUCAUGAAGUGUUAAUCUGAUAUAACUGACAGAAAAAAAAAGAGGAUCCGCCAAAGAUUACAUGGAUACUGUUUCCCUCUCCAGUUCCUGUCUUCUUUCAGCAUGUUAAUUUAUUCCAUUGGACUUAAAAUUUGUACCCAAAGAUGUAACAAAUAAUUAUCGCCAAAACUCAUGUUGUCUGUUAACUAUGAUCAGCUCAAUGAUUAUAGGAUUCUAUGAGACUAUACAUACUCAAAAAGCAGCAAAUAAUUGUUUGAUAACAUUAUCACCGGCUUUAGAAUACUUCUGCUUGUAUGAAUUUCUGGAGAGUUGUACUCAUUUUUAAGGCAUGUUUAGGAGAUAGAGCUGUCAAAAAUCGGAGUUACUCAUCAAACAGAUGUCAUUCCUAACUUUCUCUUUUAGAUGUCCAAUCUUAUAGGUAAAGAGAUAAUGGAAGGGCUAAGUAACUAAAGACAUAAAUGUGGAGC